AUGGCUUGUUUGAAAUUGGCUUUGAUACUGACUCUCUUCUGGACAACUUCAGCUUUAUCGUUCACUAAUUCUGGGGAGGAAAUCAAUGAAACUAUAAUAUGUGCCAAGGACUUAAUAGAAGUGGAAAUCCCCAAACAUUUCUUCAUAAUGAAGAGCCCUCCAGUUUAUAUCUGGAAUUUACAUUUGAAUGACCCUGAAUGCCAAGGUUUUGAAAACGAGGACUCCUAUGUGUUCAGAGUAAAAACUAACCUUUCAGACUGCGGGACCAUUAUGGCAUCUGAUGGUGUGCACAUCGUAUUUAUCAAUACUAUACAGAAUAAUAACACUGAUAUUAUUACAAGAACUUACAUCAACAUUACUUUUGCAUGUCGAUACCCAAUAAACUACAUGGUGCAACAACCCAAUGGGGAAAAUAUGAUCAGUGUUGAUGUCAGAAGCAUUACAUUGAACACUGAAGAUGGGAAUUUUUCUAUCACAAUGAUGCUUUUCAAAGAUGAAAAUUAUGAGGAAAAAUGGACAACUAUUCCUUUUCUGACUCUGGAAGAUAACAUCUAUGUCAAAGUCAACAUGGUACCAGCUCAUUUAAUAAUGCGUCUGGAAAGGUGCUGGGCAACACCUACCAAUGAACCACAUCACAACACUCAGUACAACUUCAUAAGAGACAGCUGUCCGGAGGUUACAAACGAACAAAUCUUUUUAGUAAUAAAAAAUGGUCAUGCUGCUGAGGCUACAUUUCGUAUCCAGAUGUUUAAGUUUGUGGGUGAAUCUUACAGAGAUGUAUUUCUACACUGCAAUGUUCGUAUAUGCCACAACACAGCUACAGUGUGUCAGCCUAACUGUACUAGUUCUGGAGGUGUCGCUAGGACAAGAAGGGAUGUUGUGCCAUUGCAUACAGUUUCUUAUGGCCCGAUUAGUAGAAAACCAAAGGAGACGAAAUCAGCUGGUGCAGGUACAGGGCAUCCUCCUGCUAUUGAUACGUUCAUCUUAGUUGGGCUGCUGCUGGCUGUUUUGAUAAUAACAGGAAUCUUUGGCAAACUCUGGUUGCAGACAAGAAGAGCGCACCCUACAGUGCAGGCCCAGUUAACCCUGGCAAACAUCUAUCAUUCAGAAGUAGCAUCCUGAACAGAACUUUGCUCCUCAC